AUGUCUUCCUGGAUAUCGAGAAGCUCAUACUCGCACAAUUCGCAGCUCGCUGUCACCGCCGUCGCGUCGGGCGCACUCGCCGCAAGUCUUGUACUCGGAUACCAGGCCGCGCGGAGGAAAAACAAGGUCGAGAGCGUGAAGGCACACAUCCCAGAGCCGGGGCAGGACCACCCAACAACGAGGCUGACAGAGUACGGCGCCGCAUCAGACCAUGUCUUCGCUCCGAGCAAAGAGGACGAACGUAGCCUCGCCCUAGCCAUUCGCGCACGAUCCGGCGACUACGACGACGACCUCAUACUCGAACAACUGGCGCGCAAUCGCGUCUUUCUCACCGACGACGGGCUGGCGAAGCUGCGCAACGCCUUCGUGAUCGUGGUCGGCUGCGGCGGCGUGGGCUCGCAUGCCGUGGCGACGCUGACGCGCUCGGGCGUGUCAAAGUUGCGGCUGAUCGACUUCGACCAGGUGACGCUGUCGUCGCUGAACCGGCACGCCGUGGCGACGCUGGCCGACGUAGGCACGCCCAAGGUGCACGCGAUCCGCAAGCGCCUGGAGCAGGUGUGCCCAUGGACGCACUUCGACUGCCGCAACGAGCUGUUCAACGAGGCCUCCGCCGACCGCCAGCUGGCGCCCGACGCGAACGGCCAGAAGCCCGACUUCGUCAUCGACGCCAUCGACAACAUCGACAGCAAGGUCGCGCUGCUGGCGUAUUGCCACCGCAACGGCAUCCCCGUCGUGUCGUCUAUGGGUGCCGGCUGCAAGAGCGACCCCACCCGCGUCUUCGUGGGCGACAUCUCGGCCUCCGCCGAGGACCCGCUCUCGCGCUCGACGCGCCGCCGGCUGCGCGCGCUGGGCAUCAAGCAGGGCAUUCCGGUCGUCUUCUCGUCGGAGAAGACGGCGCCCGGGAAGGCGCAGCUGCUGCCGCUGCCCGAGGAAGAGUACCAGAAGGGCAGCGUGGGCGAGCUGGGCGUGCUGCCCGACUUCCGCGUCAGGAUCCUCCCCGUGCUGGGCACCAUGCCGGCCAUCUUCGGGCUGAGCGUCGCCAACCACGUCAUCCUCGAAAUCACGGGCUACCCGCACGAGUACCUGCCGAGCAAGAGCCGCGACAAGCUCUACGACGGCGUGCUGGGCGCGCUGCAGGGCGCCGAGGAGCGCCUGGCGCGCCAUCGCGGCUUCGACGCCGUGGGCCUGCGCAUCCCCGUCACUCAGGAUGAUGUCGGCUACUUGAUCGAGGAGGUGUGGCGCGGAAAGAGCGCGGUGACGGGCUUGUCGACACGCCUGGCGCUGGUCAGGUGGAGGGCGCCUGCGGACGAGAGCUUCUUGGACAGGAGGUUCGAGGGCCAGAAGAGCUCGUUGCUGAAGCUGACAGAUCUGGUCCUCAUGACCAAGGAGGAGGCUCAGAGGCAUGAGAAGGAAGUGCUGAAGGGCGACAAGCGGCCCGAGGAUCUGUAUGAUCCUGAGGUUCUGCGCUUGGUGGAGCAGAGGUUGAGUGAGGAAGAGGUGUUUCAGAAAUACAGGUAA